AUGCUUGCCACUACUCCCAGAGCAGCUGCACGCUCAACCCGAGCAUUGAGAGCUCGACCGGUGCCCAUUCGAGCCCGUCAACCAAGAAACUUUCGCCUCCAAUCCACAGGCCCGGCGCAGUCCGGCAGUGAGGCCUCUGGUGGCGCAAGCCAUGCUCUGCUAGGUGGCGUAGCCGGCGGUCUUGUCGCCUUCCUAGGGGGUUACUUGUGGUAUUCUUUCUCGGGAGCUAAGUCCGUGGUCAACAGUGUCCACCAGGCUAAAUCAUACGCCGACUCUGCUUUCAAGAAAACCACAGCCGCCGCACCAGAGCCAAGCGAAGCAAUAAAAUGGCUUCGAGAAACGAUUACCGGCUACACAAGGAUGAUACCUGGCGCUUCGAUCUACGUUGACAAAGCGUUUGAUGAUCUGGACAAGGUACACGAGAAGCACGGUGACGAAGUGGACAAGGUUAUCAAUGAAACAUACAAGAACCUCAAGGCCACCACGCAGAAGGGAUUCAGUGUUGAGGCUGCUAGUGAUGCCUGGGAUAUCCUACAGGACUGCCUCAAGCGUAUCGGCUCACUCGCCGGUGACGCUGCUCAGGAUAUCCUCAACAACCAUCCUCAGCUUAAGGAAAAUGUUGGAGGCAAAUUCGAACAGCUGAAGCGCAUGGGUGAUGAGUAUGGACCUGAAGCCAAGAAGCAGGUUGAUGACACAUGGAAGCAGGCUCAAGACAUUCUCAAGGGUGGCUUCAGCGCUGGAACAUUGAAAAAGAUUCAGGAUUUGAUACAAGAAAAGACCCAGGAGUUGAAGAAGUAUGGCGAUCAGGCAUGGCAGAAAGGGAUUGAACAAGCCAAACCUCUUUUGGACAAGCAGCCUGAACUGAAGAAGCUUGUCGAGGAAAACAAAGACAAGUUAUUGCAAGGUGACCUGGGCCAACUAUGGCAAAAGCUGCAAGAGGCGGCGAAAUCAGGCAAUACCGACGACAUUCAGAAAUUUGUCAAGGAACAGACUGACGAGGUAUCCGGCCAAGCAGGCAGCGGUAUUGAACAGUUUCUGAAGAUGAUCCCAGGUGGCCAAGAGCUAGGUCCGAAACUCCAGCAGCUACAGGAGCUAAGCCAAAAGCACGGAGAAGAGGCGGAGAGACUAUUGAAGAGUGCCAUUGAGGAUGUAAAGAAGGUGCUCGCGCAGAAAGUUGAGGAGGGUCAGAAGCUGAAGAACAAGGUCGAGAAAGACGCGAAGAGCUGA